AUGGAACAGCCCAAGGAACGAAAGGCCACGCGCGUGUCGGGCGAUGCGGCGGCAGGACCCGCCACUGAAGAGGCAGAGGCCCUCUUCCCAGUGAAGAAGGUGGUGCUCUCCAAGACUGGCAUCGGCUACUUCGAACGGGAGGACGAGGUGGCAGGCGGGCGGCCGUUCGAGCUGUUCUUCAAGAGCGGCGACAUGAACGACGUCCUCAAGUCCCUCACCAUGGUCGACCUCUCCAACAAGACCGAUGUCAAGGCCAAGGUGACCGCCGAGUUCAGCUUCGGGAAGAACAAGCAGAGCACCAUCCAGUCCAGCUCCGACAUCAGCACCAUCGGCAAAGCCAGUCUGGUGUCGUCGAUCAGCUACGAGUCGACACGGCCCUUCGACAAGCAGCUCGACGACCUCUCCAUCUCGCUCAACGAGCACUCGUCCCUGCGCGACCUGCUGGGCCAGGUCAAGGGCACGCCCGUCCAGGUGGAGGUCCUCCGCCACGGCAAGCGCGACCUCAUCGAGGGCACCGUCAUCGGUCUGGAGAAGAAGACGCUGGUGCGUCCAAGUUGGCACGAGGCCUACUUCCUGGCGCUGCUGGUGGCGGGCAAGGCCGUGCAGUACUUCAACCUCGGCACCGUGACCAAGCUGCGCUUCGUGAACGAGCUCAUGCAGCAGGACCUGCGCCACCUCCUCACCAUCCUCCUCCAGGCGAAGAAGAAGGAUCUGAAGUCGGUGACGGGCUACACGCGCGGCGCGGGCGAGAAGCGCAACAUCCGGGCGUCGUACAUCGUGGAGGCGCCCGUGUGGAAGACCACCUACCGCCUCCUCUUCAACAACAAGAAGGAGGUGAAGUCGAUCAUCGAGGGCUGGGCGCUGGUGGACAACACGCAGAACGAGGACUGGCGCGACGUGAAGCUGUCGCUGGUGUCGGGCGCGUCGAACUCGUUCAUCUACGACCUCUACAACCCGCGCUACGCCGCCCGCACUGAGAUCGAGGUGGAGCAGGAGGAGACCCUGGCCCCGCCCACGCUCGAAGACGCCGUCGCCCAGCACGACCUCUCGGCCCUCUCCGAGGCCACCGCCACCCGCGACGAGAAGAAAGCGGUGCCGGUGCGCCGCGCCCGGGCCAUGAAGGAGAAGGCGGAUAUGAUGCCCUCCAUGUCGAUGGCUAUGGCUUGCGCGCCGCCGCCGAUGGCCUCCAUGUCCUACGCCAGGCGGUCCUCCAUCUACGCCGAAGAAGAGGCCGAAGAGGAGGCCGCCAUCUGCUACGACGGCGACAUGGACGCUUACGGAGGCCUUCCCGGCGGCCCUCCGCCCGAAGAGUUCUCGAGGUCGUCGGCGUCGUCGUCGGUGGAGGUCAACUCCGAAGCCAAGAAGAUGGAGAUGGCCGACCUCUUCCAGUACAAGAUCACGAGCGCGGUGAACGUGAACCGCAACCAGUCGGCCCUCGUGCCCUUCCUCCACACCGAGUUCCACGGCGUCAAGGCCUCCGUCUACAACAAGAAUGUGCGGGAGGACAACCCGCUGGCGGUGAUCAAGUUCAAGAACACGUUCGGCGUGCCGCUCGAGUCGGGGCCGCUGUGCCUGUUCGAGGACGACGUCUACGUGGGCGAGUCGAUGCUGCCGCGGGUCAAGGUCAACGAGGAGAUCUACGCGGCCUACGCCGUCGACCUCAAGACCACCGUCACCAUGACCGACUCCUCCGAGCUGCGGGCCGUGCACCAGGCUUAUGCGUCGCGGUACGACUGGGACUGGGAGCGGGGCCGGCUGACCCUGGUCCGGUGGCGCGUGUACGAGUUCGUGUACGUGGUGGACAACAAGAACGACCACCCCAUCGACCACUUCUAUCUCGAGCAUCCGAAGAAGGCGACGGAGCUGACCGAGACGGCGGAGCCCGAUGAGCGGCUGGACCACUUCUACCGGUUCAAGCUGGUGGUGCCUGCCGGCCAGGUCGUCAAGUUCGUCAUCAAGGAGCGAGAGGCCGAGUACGAACAGCAUGACCUGCGCAACGUGACCAAGGAGCAAGCCGAGCAGUGGUUCAAGGCCGGCUAUGUUACGGCGGACAUCAAGAAGACGCUCGAUGCCAUUGUCGCGCGGAAUGCCAAGGGAGAGCAGCUGCAGCGCAAGAUCAACACGGUCAGCAAGCACCUGCGCUCGCUCAACGAGGACAUCCAGCGAAUCGACAGCUGCCUCGGCGCGCUCGCGCUCUCCCAGAGCAGCCUCUUUGCGGAGCAAGACAAGUUCAGGGACUUCUUCACGAAGGAGCUCAACACGACCAAGGCCGAGCGGGUCCAGGUGGAGAAGGAGAACCAGCAGCUCGAGAAGAAGCGUGACCGCAACAACUCCAAGAAGGAGACCCUCGCGUUCAGCGUUCGCUUCGACGACAAGCAGAUCAGCACCUGA